AUGGACGGGAUUGAUAAAUAUAAAAGGGUGGAAGAGGACCAACUACAAGGGAAGGGAAAGGAAAAUAUCAUCCCCCUCAAAGGAAAUGAUUACAGGUUAGAACGAUAUAACAGUAACCAGUUGAGGAGGGAUUUUUUGAGACAGGAUGGACAGACCAACAUGCAAACGGUUAAUGCCAUAUUCAGAGAGCCGGUGCAACAAGUUCUCGAGAGGGUCAAGAAUGAGCCUUUUUUCGAAUGGCCGAGUAAAAUGGCCGGAGACCCCUUGAAGCGCAACCAGAACCUAUAUUGUCAUUAUCAUCAAGACCACAGGCAUACUACUGAGGAUUGCAGGAAUCUAUGGAAUCACCUGGAUCAGUUGGUUCGAGAAGGAAAGUUACGUUACCUUUUACACCCCUCUAGCGGUCAUCUGGGCCAAGCAGUACAAGAGCCUUGGAAAGAUGUAUCUUUGAGACCUCCCAUAGGGACGAUACACGUCAUCCUCGCUGCCUUAAGAAGAACCGGCUCUUUUCCUUCUAGGGUGCUGUUGGUGGCUCGGCUCCCUACCGAGGAUGGUGAGAAGGAGUCCAAAAGAUCUAAAAAGGGAAACUCAUUAAUAUUGGGGUUCUCGGACGAGGAUAAGGGAGGAACUAUCCAACCUCACGACGAUGCUUUAGUGGUUACAUUGAGGAUUGGAGGUUUCGACGUGAAGAGGGUACUAGUAGAUCCAGGUAGUGCAGUGGAAGUAAUGUACCCUGAUCUGUACAAGGGGCUGAACUUAAGGCCUGAGGACUUGACGGCUUAUGACUCUCCUCUUAUAAGUUUCGAAGGCAAGACUGUUGCACUAAAAGGGCAGAUCAGAUUACCUAUACAGACUGGAUCAGAGGUGAUGGAGGUGGAUUUUAUUGUUGUCGAUGCCUAUUCACCCUACACGGCCAUAGUAGCUAGACCUUGGCUACAUGCUCUGGGAGCCGUGUCUUCUACGCUUCACCAGAAGGUAAAAUACCCGUCAGGGGGCCAAGUGGAAGAAAUUCGUGGAGAUCAGGCCAUGGCUAGGCAAUGCAUGGUGGUUGCCAUCUCACGUCGGUCCAAUGCCAAGUCCUCAGCUCCUGUGAAAAGCUUAUAG